AUGCAAGACAAUUCUUGCGGAAUGAUGGCGAUUCUGCACGUACUCCUCAACAUUAACGACAGCACGGUCGUAGGCUCUCGGAUUGCCUCCUACAAGGAUCUAUUCGAGACGAUCCCCAGCGAAAUGCGCGGUACGAUCAUCGCUCAGCAAAUGGACCUCAUCGAGAUCAACAACAACUACGAGAUGCAUCAUCCGAUUACCAUCGCCGACCAGAAAGAGUCCAAAGAAAACAAUCACUACUGCGCAUUCAUCCCCUUCUCGAAGGUUCUCUAUCAAAUGGACGGAUUGCUUUCCGGUCCCGUCGUCAUGGGUUCGAUUCCGACUCCGUUCUCAUUUUUAGACGGAUUUGACACCGAGCAGCAGUUCCGAGAAGUGCUCUGCGAUGCGUUGCAGACGCGGAUUCAGGAGAUCGUGAGGUAG